UAUUUUUUAUCGCACUGCUUGACAUUAACCAUACAUACAAAUCUAUGGAUAUUAGCUACCUAGCGCACAUUUGCAGUUCCCUCAAGGACCCCGGAAACGCGCUGCUCCUGUCGAGAGCGCGCGCUGCAGCUUUCAGGAAGCGGAACGCAUGAAGUUGAUUUCUCACAGCUGGUGAUGGCGGAUGCGAUCGACACAGACUCCAUGAAGAAUUAUAACAUAGCGUUUGAGAGGAUAGACCCAAGCGCGAGCCGCUACCCCUACUGUAUCGUGUGGACGCCCAUCCCCGUGCUGUCAUGGCUGUUUCCAUUCAUUGGACAUAUGGGCAUAUGCACCUCCACUGGAGUUAUCCGGGACUUUGCAGGGCCAUACUUUGUCUCUGAGGACAACAUGGCUUUUGGAAGACCAACAAAGUAUUGGAUGUUGGACGCAAGUAAAGUAUAUGCUAGCGGAUCAAACGCCUGGGAUACGGCAGUUCACAAUGCCUCAGAAGAGUAUAAACAGAGAAUGCACAAUCUUUGUUGUGACAAUUGUCAUUCACACGUGGCUAUGGCGCUGAACUUGAUGCACUAUGACAACAGCACCUCGUGGAAUAUGGUGAACCUUUGCCUGCUCGCUCUCAUUCAUGGCAAACACGUCAGUUGUGCAGGCUUUCUAAAGACCUGGCUUCCGUUCUUCAUCCUAACCAGUGUCAUCCUGGCUGUAGCCCUAUCUCUAAACCUGCGAUGACCCAGCAUGCUCCGAUAGAGGUGGGGUAGUUCAGGAUGGGUUGGUACAAAGCCUCGCGUCCUGCAGGAGAUCCACUUUUGCAGCUAAAUGUGGGACUCCAAUGAUUGUCAACUGAACCAGAGGUGGUGGUGAAUACAAUCCAGUCCAACUCUUCAGAACAUAUAGAGGAGCUCAACCUUAAAUGCUGGUCCUCUGUGUCGUAGGAUAGGGACAGCAAAUACACCAUGCCUUCAGUGUGUUGUGGUGAUGUACGACAUGCUAUUUCCUUAAAACGUCUUCCAAAGGCAUAAUCUGGUGUAAAUCUUUAUGGUGCUUAGUUAUUGUUUGAUUAGAUGUUGAUCUCUAUAUUAUUAUAUUAACACACAUAAAAAUAACACUUUAAAUUUAUAAAGUCUUUUUUAAACACUACACUAUACAUUUCUAAUCAUUUUAUGAUUAUCAUAGAACAAAAUGCAUGGAGAUAAAAAUUGAUUUCCUUUAAAAAGAAUUUAACAUGAAUAUUCUCAUUUUUAAUAUUUAGUUUUAUUUAGCAAACCUCUUUAAUCUUAAUAACAGUAUAUUGGCAUGCUUUAUUCAGUGUAAUUUGUUCUAUUUUUAUACAAAAAUAUAAUUGUGUAUGGAGAUUAGCACUAAAAAACUUAUUGUUAGUUACUGUGUUAAUUAUUAAGUCUUGUUUGCAUUACGUAUAUUUCAAAACCAUAAUUUGCAACAAAAAUGCCUGGCCAGCUAUUAUUAUUUUGCAUUAUUUAGUCAACAUGAAGUUCACAAUCCUUUUUACUUCUGUAAUUGAAUUGCUGUUUGUCAUUUGGAAAUACAAGAAGAAAAAUGUAGGCCACAUGCAGGGCUUGAUUUUAUCAAUCAGAAAUUUAAUGCAUAACAACCGUUAAACCUAUGAGGUUAAGCCCUGCUGAGAAAACUCGCACAGAGGUGGAGCUGGUGUAGGAGUCUUUCUUUAUGAAAUGCGAAAAGUUUUAUUUUUGACAUUCUCUGGUGAAUCGUAUAUAAUGACCAGGAACAUGUUUUGAAGUAUAAAGGGUCAAUAAUUCAUGUUGACUGCAAACUAAGAAAUCUUUAUUUAUUUAACUUUUUUGAAAAUGUUCUGUGUUUACAAAUUUUGUUUUCACAAGAAAUAUCAAAGGACAUGCUGUUAUCAUAACUGCUGGUUUUAAUAAUCGUAUGAUAUAAAUGAUAACACAGUUUGUGUUCAAGAUGGUCAAAGAUUUGUGUAAUGUUUAUGAAGAAUCUUAAGUAGGUAAAUAAUAGGCACAAAACAUGUUAAUGUUAUAUUUUACUUUAAAAUCAAAACAGUCCAACUCCGUUAAAAAUAAAUAGAAAUUGUUACUGAGCAAAUUACAUAAAUAAAUUGUGCUAAAUGUCAUCCUACCUAACCCAGUUCGCAAAGAUUGGCUUAUAAAAACAGUUUAUCAUUUGGUCUGCAUCGAUUUUCACAGGUAAUAUCAGUUUGACCAAUUUUUUUUACGUAUUUAUAAAAAUACCUGCGCAGGUAACUUGAAAUGCAUGUUUUACAUAGAAAUGCUGGUAGAGAGGCAAAAGUUACAGAGUGCAGCUUUAAUUAUCCUAAAAACAACUUAAAUCAUUUUUUGCUGUUUUAAUGACUUGGACAUGCUUUCCUAAGAUUCAUCCAUACAAUUUCUUUAGUCUGAUUAGUGUCUGAUCUUGGCAAAUCCUAUGUAUUUUACGAGGUGGCUAAUUUGGGUUAAUUCAUACGACCAAAUUCACAUUCUUUUGUAUGAUUUGCUUUGCCGGAGGGAGGACUUUUUUGUAGGCAAACCCAUAAGUAAGCAGGGCAGUGGUUCCCUCAUUAAAAUGCCCAUUAAUUUUUCUAAGUCUAAAUGCAUUUAGUAGAAAUAAAAAGCUUACCUUAGGCUACAAGCAAACUUCACCACAGUCGAUCAACAUGAUCACCACUAAGAUUCCGACAGCUCUUUUAAACUUUAUUCAAUGCAUUUAUAAACAUGUUCCCUGGUACGGAAAUACUCUGUGGCUAAAUCUUUUUUGGGAAGUUUGCCUAUGUUGCGUUGUUUUUUAGGGCACGCACACAUUAUCCAAAACCAACCCAACUGCGCCCUAGUUCGAUUGCCCUCCACUCACCUGUACUCUCAAUGUACUUUUAUCGAUCCGAGGCUAUGGGGGUCAAAUGUACCUCAGGUGCGGUUUGGUUGGGAUAAUGUGAAUGCCCUUAAAGGAGCAUUUCACCUGUAGAAACAUUAAUCUUUAUUGAAAGUGUGUCAUAUUUGUAGUCGAAAUUUAACAUACAUUUAGAAUUUGGUGCCUAUUUGACCGAGAAAAGGGUGUUUGUAGUCUCACUCCCUCAACAAAGAUACUGGACUUCCUUCUUUCAAUGAUGCAAAAUGAUGAUUUUUACAUCAUUGAAAGAAGGAAGUGCAACACUGAAAUCUUUAUUUCUCCUGUCUCAGCGGCAACUGAGGAAAUGAUGCACGACCAUUCAAAAACAUGACUGGGGUUCUAACUAUACAAAGCUUAAUGCAAAUGGGUGAAGUGUCCCUUUAAGUCCCCGACAAAGUCUGUAGUCCCAUGUAGCAACUUGUUAGCAACCCCCAAUUAAAGACACUUGAAAGCUUUAAAAAGUCAUGAGUGGGGGUAGUAUUGGUGUUUUGUUUUUUGUUGUGGAAUAAAAAUGUGAAAAUAUAUUGGGCUUGGUCAAGAUCUUAUUUAAAGCAACACUAUGUAGUUUCCAUGUAAAAUGACUUACAGCUCCCCCAUGUGGUUGAAAAGCGCAACAGUGCCUGGUAUCAGACACUCUUCUGCAGGCAGGGAGAGGGGCGGGGCUGUGUUUCCUACCCUCCACCGCCACUUUCAGAGUGUGCUUGUAGCAGCUAGGAGGUUGCUCGGGUUGCAGCAACAGUACAAUUUGUCCAGUUAAAAGUUGUUCUAUCACUGAAAUAAUUUUAGAGACAUUAUUUAAAGGUAAAAAAACUACAUAGUGUUGCUUUAAGGAGUUUAACCAAAACCCCUUUAAAAAAAACACAUUGCUAAAUUGCUAACUUGCUUUCGGCUUUUGCUUACAGAAAUAUUCAUCCCUGCAUCUAUUGAGCUUGGGGCAGGGUAAGGGGUGUUGUUUCAUUGUUGUUUUUUAUAAUAGCCACAUGUUUUGGACAAUUUGCUUCGUACGAAUUCAGACAAAUUAGCCAACUCGUAAAAUACAUUUGAUGUCCUCUGAGAUCAGGCUGAAAAUCUUUAAAAAUACUAUGUUUGGACAAAUGUUUAUGUCUAACCCCCCAUUACCGCAAUCCCCAACACAGCUCCACUUUUAUGGUAAAUCCUGUUAGAGUUUUGUUUGCUUGUAUCAAUGAACUUUUCAAAAACCACACAAGUUGAUUUAUGCUGUAAUCUAAUGGCGCUUUUCCAUUGCAUAGUACCCCACGGUUUAGUUUAGUUUGGGUCGGGUCAGCUUACUUUUGGGAGCUUUUCCAUUGGGUGCAGUACGUAGUACCCGAUACUUUUUUUCGUACCACCUCGGUUGGGGUUCCAAGUGACCCGAGCUGAUACCAAACGUGACGCGAAAACACU